UCUACAAGUUCAAAAGAAGGCACUUGGCAAUGGACAAGAACAUCGAAGAAUUUUUGCAAGCUCAUAACAACUUUUUGCCCAUAAGGUACUCUUACUCGAAUAUCAAGAAGAUCACCGGAAAUUUUAAGCACAAGCUGGGUGAAGGGGGCUAUGGUUUUGUAUACAAAGGAAUGCUUAGAAGCGGCAACCAAGUAGCCAUCGAGAUUUUGAAGCAAUCCAAGGCCCAUGGCCAAGAUUUUAUCAAUGAAGUGGCUACUAUUGGAAGAAUUCACCAUGUUAAUGUCGUGAAACUCAUCGGUUUUUGCUUUGAAGGCACGAAACACGCUCUCGUGUAUGAUUUCAUGUCAAAUGGAUCUUUGGAUAAGAACAUUUUCACUAAGGAAGGUGAUAAGUUUCUUGAUUGCAAGAAAAUAAAUGAGAUCGCUCUUGGGGUGGCGAAGGGGAUUGAAUAUUUACAUCGGGGGUGUGACAUACAAAUACUACACUUUGAUAUCAAACCUCACAACAUUCUUUUAGACAAGAAUUUCACUCCGAAAGUUUCUGAUUUUGGACUUGCGAAACUUUAUCCCAUUGAUCACAGCAUAGUCUCAAUGACUGCUGCAAGAGGAACCUUGGGAUAUAUGGCGCCCGAGUUGUUCUACAAAAACAUCGGUGGUGUAUCUUAUAAAGCGGAUGUCUAUAGCUUCGGGGAUGAUGCUCGUGGAAAUGGCAGGCCGAAGGAAGAAUAUAAAUGCAAAUGUGGAACGCUCAAGCCAAAUUUAUUUUCUGCUAUGGGUGUACGACCAAGUCAAUGAAGGAGAAAGUGUUGACAUGGAAGAAGUUGUUGAAGAGGAAAGGCAUGUGAUAAAAAAGAUGAUAAUAGUUGCACUUUGGUGUAUACAAUUAAUACCCGACCAUCGGCCUCCAAUGAACAAAGUCUUAGAGAUGCUUGAAGGAGA